GCCCCAUCCGGCGGCCGGCUCGCCAAGCAUUCCAGCACAACAGACAGCUCCUAGCCGGGAGAGGCGGAGCCUUGCUACCAUAGAGCGACAGCGGCUAGAGAGGGAGAGUAGAAAAAGAGGCUCUGCGCAUCUGCGAACCGCCUUUACCUCGCUCCCGGGCUCGGACAUGGCGGAAGAGCGGGAAUACCUAUCGGUCUCCGGGGCUUCCAUUAAGCUGCGGCCCCUCCACCACAGCGCCUCCUGUCGGGAGCUCCAGGUGCGCUGCCCUCGGCUGCAGUUGGGCUCUCUGACCGCCGUCACGUGCUGCGUGUGGCUCGUGGCUUAUGGGCUCUUCGUCGUCAGCCAGAAUAGCAUGGUGCUCUCCGCUUCUAUAUUUAUUACAUUGAUUGGCCUACUUGUAUACCUGCACUUUGUGAAAAUUGACCAGGAGUCUCUGCUGAUAAUUGACUCGCUUGGAAUACAGAUGACCUCAUCUUAUGCAUCAGGGAAAGAGAGCACAACCUUUAUAGAGAUGAACCAGGUCAAAGAUGUGGUAAUCAAUGAAGCCAUUUAUAUGCAAAAAGUUAUCUACUACUUGUGCAUCCUUCUCCAAGAUCCUAUUGAACCACAUGCUGUUUCUGAAGUAGUGCCACUGUUUCAGAGCUCCAUGCCACGUCUAGACUGCCUUGUAGACAUAUACAAAAGUUGCCAAGAAAUCCUGGAGCAGAGGAAAAAAUCUUGAUACCAGCUUUUAAUGUGAAACUUUUUAUCAAGACAGAAGAACCACAAUAAUACAAUUUUGCCCAAGUUAUUAGGUGAAGCUAAUAACCAUGUUAAUCUACCUGGCUAUGUUGACAACUAGGUAAGAGUAGAUUCAAAUCCACCAAGGAACUGUUAGUGCUUUUUUGAGAAAGGAUUGAAUGUGCAGCUGUGAAGAAAUGUUACAGAACAAAAUUACUAAUCCAGGUUCCACAUUUUCUUCAGUCAACUUCAUGAUGUAAAAAACUCAAUGAUAUUUUUUUCCUGUCAAAAAUUAACCCUGUCUAAAUGACUGGAAAUCUACAAGGAAAGCUCAGCAGAAAUAAGAUGAAAAUAAGGUUUUUCCCCUUCCUAAAUAAAAUUCCAUGGAAGACUAGAAUCUGUUUUCUAAUAAUGUUGAGUUAUAGUAUAUGCUAUGUCCAAUGGUAUUUCUUUUAUAGACUUAAUUUUGUUCAUUAAAUAUGUAUACAUA